AUGAACACUUCCUGUACAUGCACUCAUCAACCUGAUGAUGACUCAAGUACUUCACUGAAACUGGCAGCUGUAUCAGCAUUGGAAGUUUUGGCCAACAAAUUCCCGUCACAUGAUUCAGUCUUCAGCGUGUGCCUUGGAUCUGUUAGCAGAAGAAUCUGUUCAGACAAUUCUUCUCUCUCUUCUCGUUGCCUUCAUGCUACUGGUGCACUGAUUAAUGUUCUUGGGCCGAAGGCUCUGCCUGAACUUCCGGGUAUCAUGGGAUGUGUGGUAAGGAAAUCUCGUGAUGUCCCUUCUGUGGCUGCAGAAACCAAAAGGAUUGCGGACAGGACUACUGGAUCAUCAAAUUUGAAGGACAGCCUCUCCAUUUCUAUCCUUCUCACCUUAGAGGCAGUUGUUGAUAAGCUUGGUGGAUUUCUCAAGCCAUAUCUGGCCGAUAUUUUAGGACUUAUUGUGUUGCAUCCGCUUUAUGUUUCCACCACUGAGCCAAAGUUAAAAUUGAAAGCUGAUGUCGUGCGAAAGCUCAUUACUGAUAGAAUCCCUGUUCGGCUUUUGCUCCCACCAGUGCUGGGAAUAUAUUCUGAUGCUGCAAAAUCUGGGGAGUCAAGUUUAUCAAUUGUUUUUGAAAUGCUAGGCAACUUGGUUAAUUCGAUGGAUAGAUCAUCUAUUGGUGCCUAUUAUACGAAGAUUUUUGACUUGUGCUUGCUAGCACUUGAUCUUCGCCGCCAGCACCCUGCAUCAAUUAGAAAUAUCAUUAUUUUUGAGAAAAAUGUCUUAAGUGCGACUGUUACCCUGACUAUGAAACUAACCGAGACUAUGUUCAGGCCUCCUUUCAUCAAGAGUAUUGAAUGGUCUAGUUCAGAUGUUGAAGAUAGUGAAUGUACUCCCGGACAAACAACUAAUCGUUUAAUUUCCUUCUAUGCAUUGGUCAACAAACUUGCUGAAAACCAUCGGUGAGUUAGCUACUGAUUU